CCUUUCCCUUCAUUGCAUAGUUAUUUCUUCAAGUUGAUUUUCUCUCCUUGUUUUGUUUCGUCGAAGAAAGUAUUUCUUCUCUCUGCAACUCUUCCUUUACUUUGUAGAUCGAAAGGAAAUUUUAUUGUGUUGUUCCGUUCCAUGGCCUCCAAGCGGAUCCUGAAGGAGCUCAAGGACCUCCAGAAAGACCCUCCAACCUCAUGCAGUGCCGGUCCUGUAGCAGAAGAUAUGUUUCAUUGGCAAGCAACUAUAAUGGGUCCCCCUGAUAGCCCUUAUGCUGGGGGUGUUUUUCUAGCUAACAUUCAUUUUCCUCCUGAUUAUCCAUUCAAGCCACCCAAGGUAGCAUUCAGGACUAAAGUUUUUCACCCGAACAUCAACAGCAAUGGAAGUAUUUGUCUUGAUAUCUUAAAGGAGCAGUGGAGCCCUGCUUUGACACUAUCUAAGGGUUUCUGUUUCCUUUUUCAGGUGCUGCUCUCCAUUUGUUCCCUAUUGACGGAUCCAAACCCAGACGAUCCUUUGGUGCCUGAAAUCGCUCAUAUGUAUAAGACAGAUAGGUCCAAGUACGAGACGACUGCUCGGAGUUGGACUCAGAAGUAUGCUAUGGGCUAGCAUGUUGCAAAAGCCUUCUAUUUGUUAAAAGAGUCAUAAUGUAUAAUCUAUCUUUUCAUUCCUGCCAUUUACAUAUUGAGGAUAGGUCUCAUAUCUGUAGCUGAUGUUCUUCAAUAUUCCACCAGACCAUCAACCAUACAUUUUUGCUAUCACCCGUUUUCUUUGUACAUGUUGCUUUGUGUUGAAUCGUUGAUUACUUUUGCUUCCGCCACGCCAACCAUUUACUAGCUGAG